AUGGACUCCAUUAGUGGAAGAAUGAAAGAGAUUUUAAGCAGUCGCUUGCAGGCAAUCGUGAAAGAGAUUAAGCACCUAACUAGUGUACCAAACGAUGCCGAGCGCCUCCGCCAUGAGAUAGAUCGUGUGAAGGGAAUAGUCGAUCAUAUUAACAGUGGGUUAAGUUGGAAAGGUCGACAGCCUUUGGCAGUGGUGAGGCAAUGGGUGAGCACACAAGAGCAAAUCGUCAAAUCUGCUGAAGAGGUUAUUCUCCAGUACGAAGAAAACAAGAACCGUCGCUUGUGUUGUUGCUGCCCUCACUGUUGCCUUGUCAAAAGAUCCAGUCGAAAGAUCCGUAAUGCUCUAGCGGAGAUAGAUGAGCUUCUGAAGAUGAAAGAUUCAGAUUUUCCUAAGAAUGGAGACCUUGGAGAGCCUCCGGAGACCCUGCUGCGGCCCAUGGAGAAUGAGCUUGUUGGAACAUUUGUUCAGGAGAAACUGUCGGAGCUGAUGACGUUGGUGCUGCAAGAUGACUCUGUUCGUGUCGUUGGCGUCUAUGGAAUGCCAGGCUUGGGAAAGACGUCGCUGCUCAAACAAAUCUACAACAAUGAAAAGGUAGUCAAUUUCUUUAAGCUUGUGAUCUGGGUUACUGUGUCCAGAGAAUCCGAUAUCUGUGCUCUCCAGAGGCGUAUUUUUGAGAGAAUUGAGUUGCCUUGGCGAUCCAAUUUGAGCAUUGAGGACGCCGCAGGGGUGUUGCAAUCGGUUUUCAAGGACAGGCGACUGUUGCUCAUUUUGGACGAUGUGCGGAGAAGCAUAGAUGUUUCUAAUUUGGGAGUUUCUCUUUCUGAGGAUACUAUAAAAGUUGUACUGACUUCCAGCGAUAAAAAGGUGUGCAAGGGCAUGAAAGCUGACAAAAUUAUCGCAAUGAAGCAUAUGACGGAGGAAGAAGGUUGGGAGCUUUUCUGCAGAGGAGGCUUCGUAGCUGGCGAGGAUCAGAAUAUGGAUAGCGAGAUAGAGCAGUUGGCCAGAGGCGUUGCAAAGGAGUGUAAAGGGAAUCCCAUGGCCAUUAAAAUGCUUGCUCGGACAAUGCCACAGCUUCACAGCAGUGCCUUGUCGGAAUGGGAAUGCAUUCUUAAGGAAAUAAAGUCGAUCGAUCCCCAGUUUUAUCGCAUUGAUGAAGAAAUUCUGGGGGAAUUAUUCGCCCCACUGAAGCACAGCUACGAUGCUCUGGAAACAGAUGAGCUCAGGCUUUGUUUCCUGUACUUGGCAGCUUAUAGAGAAGACGAGGAUAUCGACGCGGAUCAAUUGAUAUAA